AUGACCUCGGAUGCAUACGAUAUGGUAAGCCCGCCCGAAAACGGUGAAGGAGCGGUGAAAGCGAUGGAAUUUGCACUCCGAGAUGCGAAAUUGCCACUGGAUGCUGUUGAUUAUAUCAACGCCCACGGUACCUCUACACCGAUUGGCGAUGUCGCCGAAACGAACGCCAUUAAAACCCUCUUCGGUGAACGUGCGUACAAAAUUCCUGUCAGCUCUACCAAAUCCAUGAUCGGUCACCUGCUCGGUGCAGCUGGAGCCGUGGAAAUCAUCGCCUGCUUAGGCGGGAUGGAAAAAGGCUAUCUGCCACCGACUAUCAACUACGAUAUGCCGGACGAAGCCUGCGACUUGGACUAUAUCCCAAACGAAAGUCGCGACGUAACAAUUGAGGUCGCACUCUCCAACGCGUUCGGUUUUGGUGGACACAACACUUCAAUCGCCAUCCGCAAAUUCUCAGCCUACAUCGGCUUCGGAAGCAACAUCGGCGACCGACUGGCACAUAUCCAGAACGCCAUCUAUGCUCUAUCGAAAACGGAGGGAAUCACCUUAAAAGAGGUUUCCUCUAUUUACACAACUGAUCCAGUAGGGUAUGAAGCACAAGCACAGUUUCUGAACGGUGUCGCCGCUAUCCAAACCUCCCUUUCCCCUCUCUCCUUGCUACAUACCUUAAAAGACAUUGAGACCGCUGUUGGGAGACAGCACCAAAAACUCGUCAUUCCACACCUGGAGAUGCACCUCCGCGGUUUCGUACUGGUCCCGUUAGUGGAGAUCGCACCGGAUCUGGUACAUCCAGUCUUUCAGGAGACUAUUCAAACCAUACUCAACCGUCUUGAAAAUAGCAAAUCCGUUCUGAAAAAAGAAGAUUGUGUUCUAUAA